GGCUCGGCCCCAUCCGGGAGGCGGGCAGAGACGUGCCGGGGGCCAGAAGGGGCCGGAAGGGGGUGGCUGCCUCUCCGGCCCCGCCCCGGUGCCGCCUGGCCGCGGGGUCCGUUGGCUGUGGCUGCAGCUGAGGCUGUGGCGGCCGUGGCCGCGCGGCGGGCGUAAGAUGGCGACAGCCGUGGCGGGAUCCCUGGGCCUGCUGUGGGGCUGGCUGUGGAGCGAACGCUUCUGGCUGCCCCAGAACGUGAGCUGGGCCGACCUCGAGGGGCCGGGCGACGGCUACGGCUACCCGCGGGCCCGGCACAUCCUCUCGGUGUUCCCGCUGGCGGCGGGCGUGUUCUCCGUGAGGCUGCUCUUCGAGCGGUUUAUUGCCAAACCCUGUGCACUCCAUGUUGGCAUCCAGGGCAGUGGUCCUUAUCAGGCUCAGACCCAUGCCAUCCUUGAAAAGGUGUUCAUAUCUGUUACCAAGUAUCCUGAUGAGAAAAGGCUAGAAGGCCUGUCAAAGCAACUGGACUGGGAUAUCCGAAAAAUCCAGUGCUGGUUUCGCCACCGGAGGAAUCAGGACAAGCCCCCAACGCUCACUAAAUUCUGUGAAAGCAUGUGGAGAUUCACUUUUUAUUUAUGUAUAUUCUGCUACGGAAUUAGAUUUCUCUGGUCGGCACCUUGGUUCUGGGAUACCCGACAGUGCUGGGAUAGCUACCCAUACCAGCCUCUAACAAGUGGGCUUUAUUACUAUUACAUCAUGGAAUUGGCUUUCUAUUGGUCUCUUAUGUUUUCUCAGUUUACAGACAUUAAAAGAAAGGACUUCCUAAUCAUGUUUGUGCAUCACUUGGCCACCAUUGGGCUUAUCACCUUCUCCUACAUCAACAACAUGGUCCGGGUGGGAACUCUGGUCCUGUGUCUACACGAUGCCUCAGACUUCUUGCUGGAAGCAGCCAAGCUGGCCAAUUAUGCCAAAUAUCAGCGUCUCUGUGACACCCUUUUUGUGAUCUUCAGUGCUGUGUUUGUGGUUACUCGUCUAGGAAUCUAUCCAUUCUGGAUUCUGAACACGACCCUCUUUGAGAGUUGGGAGAUAAUCGGGCCCUAUGCCUCCUGGUGGCUCUUCAAUGGCCUUCUCCUGAUCCUACAGGUUCUGCAUGUCAUCUGGUCCUACCUAAUUGCACGAAUUGCUUUCAAAGCUUUGAUCAGAGGAAAGGUGUCUAAGGAUGAUCGCAGUGAUGUGGAGAGCAGCUCAGAAGAAGAAGAUGUGACCACCAGCACAAAAAGCCCCUGUGGCCACAGCUCCAGCAAUGGUGCCAAUCAGGUGAAUGGUCACAUGGGAGGCAGCUACUGGGCUGAAGAAUAAGGUAGUUGGUAUGGGGACUUCAGCCCACAUGGACUUGUAGGGCCACUGGCAGACUACUCUUGGGCCUCCCUACAUCUGCACUCUUAUGAUUUGGGGGUCUGCGAGGCACUGAGGAGAAUCAAAGAAGCAAAUAUUUUCACUUUUUUAAAAAAAACUCUUCCAUUUCAUAUUUAAUAGCCUCCCAGUUCUUUCAGUAAUGUUAUUUGCUCUGUGUGUGUGUUUGUGUGUUAAUGCGUGUGCAUGUGCAUUUAUGCAUAUGCAUGAGUUUCAUUGCUUGGGUUGGGGCACAAUUCUGGACUGGGGCCACUAGGCCUUGCCUGGUCCCCUUUGAACCCACCUCAAUCCCAGAUUUGGCUGCAUCUUUAAUUAUGCUGGCUCCAGACUGUCCCCUCCCCUGUUGCCCAUGGCUCUGAAGGCUCUGGCCAUCAAUGGAACAGCCAAGUUCAGCUCCAGGUUUCUGCACUGUUCCUCCUCCGGAGCUGGAAUAUUUCACAUGAAGUUGUAUAGAAAGAGACAAC